AACAAAAACAUAUCAUUACAGCACACAGCUUUGUCUCUCUUAAUUGCAUCUUAUCUUCUGUUUCCUGCUACCUUAGUUUAAUACUACUUUUUUUUUUUGAUAAUUUGAAGGGAGGAACGUUUGUGGUAGAACUCGAACCCACAGCGCUUAUACCAUUUGAGUUAUAGCUUAUUGGUUUUAGUUUAAUACUUGUAUAUCAUGUUAUCCAUAUCUAGCCACCCAAUGAACCUGGAAACUCAAAAAGCAACCCCACCAACACCAAGAUCACCUCUGCAGCCUCCAACUUUCGGAAACUUGGUCACCAUUCUUAGCAUUGAUGGAGGCGGAAUUAGAGGACUUAUACCCGGAACAAUUCUCGCCUUUUUGGAGUCUGAGCUUCAGAAAUUGGACGGUGAGGAUGCAAGAUUGGCAGAUUAUUUUGAUGUGAUUACAGGAACUAGCACCGGCGGUAUUGUCACUGCUAUGCUCACCAUACCGAACAAACAAAAUCGCCCAUUAUUUGCUGCUAGAGAUAUUAAUAAAUUUUAUCUCGAACACUGCCCCAAAAUAUUUCCUCAAGACAAGUCUAUUUUUGCUCCUGCGACGAAUCUGGUCAGGUCUUUGACAGGACCAAAAUAUGAUGGCGAACAUUUACGCCAUGUUCUGAGGAAGAAAUUUGGAGAUACACGAUUAGAUCAGACAUUGACACAUGUCGUCAUCCCAACGUUUGAUAUUAAACACCUUCAGCCUACUGUCUUCUCAAGCUUUGAGGUGAGGAAGAACCCAAGCUUGAAUGCUCUCUUAUCGGAUAUAUGCAUUGCAACUUCAGCCGCUCCGACUUAUCUUCCCGCUCAUGGUUUUGAAACCAAAGAUUCUGCCGGAAAAAUAAGGAAGUUCGAUCUUAUUGAUGGUAGUGUGGCGGCUAAUAAUCCGUCUUUGGUGGCUAUGGAUGCUGUGAUGAAAGAAAUUAACCGUGCUAAUCCAGAUUUCUUCCCCAUAAAGCCAACAGAUUAUACCCGAUUCUUGGUGCUAUCCUUAGGGACCGGUUCAGCAAAAUGUGAAGAAAAAUUCCAGGCUACCGAUGCAGCUAAAUGGGGAUUGCUGGGAUGGUUAACCAGUGAAGGCUCCACUCCGUUGAUUGAUGCGUUCAUGCAAGCCAGCAGCGACAUGGUUGAUUUUCACAUCUCCACUGUGUUUCAGGCUCUGCAGUCUGAAGAAAAUUACAUUCGGAUUCAGGAUGAUACACUGACCGGAAAUCUGUCUUCAGUGGAUAUAGCGACAAAAGAAAACUUAAAUAAUCUCGUCAAAGUUGGUGAAGAAUUGCUAAAGAAACAAGUGGGGAGGGUUAAUUUGGACACUGGUGCCUUUGCGCCGGCCUAUAUGGCAACAAAUGAAGAGGCUCUUAUCAAGUUGGCUAAAUUGUUGUCGAGGGAGAAGCAGCUUCGUGAGGCCAGAUCACCGCAUGGAAAAGCUGUUGCUCGGAGACAAACACUUGUAUAAAUAUUAUUAUGAGUUUACAUUUUUAUAGCAACUAGUUUGUAGUUU